AUGGUAAAAAAGACCGCGCAAGGGGGGGAUACAGGGGUAGCAACUUUGCGAGGUGUGAACGGUGGAUUAGUCAGCAGUGGGAAGGGAAAAAGGGAAGUUCUAGCAGGACACUACAAGAGACUUGGAGUGCCCUCGGAGAAUGAAGAUUUUGGCCAAGUGUUGAAGGAGGAGGUGGACGCAUGGGCCCAAAAAGAAGAAGAGACAUCGAAGGCAGACGUUGGGAACGUAGAACUAGAGAAGGUGUUCACUGAGGACGAGGUUGAGGCGUGUAUGAACAAGCUCAAGUACCACAAAGCAGCAGGAGCGGAUGGGAUAGUCGACGAGUUCAUGAAGUCUGGGGGGAAGGGGAUGAUCCAGCUGAUGGUACUGCUAUACAAUUGGGUGUGGAAAAACGAGUAUACGCCAAGUAGAUGGAGGGAAGGAGUGGUUGUGAACUUGUUUAAGAAAGGAGACAAGACUGACCCAGGAAACUACAGGGGGAUCACACUGUUGAACACAAUGGUGGGAUUAUUGGAGAAGGAACAUAGCAUUAGUGAGGGCCAGGCAAGUUUCCGAAUUAAGAGGGGGUGCGCAGACCACGUGUUCACGGUAGGGAGAAUCAUCCAAGGUAGAAAGAGGGCGGGAAAGCCAACGUACUGCUUUUUUCUGGACGUGAAAAAGGCAUACGAUGCCGUAUGGAGAAAUGGGCUGUGGAAACAACUGUCCAAGGACGGGAUCAAAAGGAAAAUGUGGAGAGUGCUAAAGAAGAUGACAAGAGUAUACGAAAAGCACGGUCAUGCUAGACGGAGAACUGUC